AUGAUUUCAAAAUCGAAAUCUACUACAACUACUACAACUACUACUAAGACACCCCCAAUAAACAGUUAUAAGAAAAGUAAUAGUGAUAGUCAUACAAAUAGAGAGCAAGAGUUACAAGAUUAUCUUGGAUCCAAGGAAUUUACGUUUGAUAAUGAGGAAAAGUCUAUGAAAAUAUUAAAGAAAGCGAUGGAAAUUGUAUAUUUGAAUAACAGACCAUUAGUAUCUAUAGAUGUUGAAGCUUAUGAAAGAAGUCAAAAAAAAAUUACUGAGAUUGGAGUUGUAAUAUAUGACCCAGAACAACUGAAAAAUUCGAUAUUUCCAGUCAUUAAAUCUUUUCAUAUAAUAGUUAAAGAACAUCAUCGUUUUUUUAAUAAAACAUUUGUGCCUGAUAAUAAACAUAGAUUUAUGGGAGGUAUAUCUUAUGUAUUACUGUUAAAAGAUUGUAAAUUAUUUAUUGAAGGAGUUAUUGAGAAAUAUAUUAAUGAAGAAAAUGGAGCAUUUGUCGGUCAUCAUAUUGUAUCUGAUCUUAAAUGGUUGAGAAGUUUAGGAAUUAAAUUUGAUCAAAAUAUUGAUAUAGUUGAUACUGGUCAAAUCUAUACAAUUUCUCGAUCUUCAGGAAAUUUAAGAGAAAUUCUUAGAUCAUUAGGUAUACCUCAUGCACUUUUACAUAAUGCAGCUAAUGAUGCUUAUUAUACAUUACUAGCCGCUAUGGCAUUAUGUGAUCCAAAUAUCCGCAUUCGUGAUAAUCUCGAUUUUCAUAAGCCGUCACCGAAAUUACUGAACGAAGAUAAGAAAAGAAACAAAUUCUCCGAUAAUGCUAUAGUAGAUGAUACAGUUUCAGUAAAUGAAUUACUUGAAGAAAUUUAG